AUAAGGGCUGCGAAGAGCAGCUACAUGGAGGCUGCAGGAAAGAGCUCCAAGCCCUGAGAGGAGCAGGGAAUUCAGACGCUCUCUUUCUCUCUCUUUUUUCCCUCCUCCCUCCCUUGCCUUUCUUCUCUUCUUCCCAGGGAGCCCCUAGGAGGAGGGCUCUUUUGCAGAGAGUCGCAGAUCCUGCCACAAUCCGGGGAGGGUUCGGAAGUUUUGCAAGUUUUUGUUUUUUUCCCUCGGCACCUUCCUCUCGGUGGCUACAUUUUUGCAGGCGGAGGACCGUCCGGAUCCUUUGCAAGGCCAGAGACGGGGACUUGGAGAGCUACAGGCAGGUCUUUUCCUGGCGGAUCCUCGCCCCCUCGGAGCUGCCAAGGAGGAGGCGACUCCCGGAUCGCACCCUCCAGACGGUCCCCGGAGCUGGGAAGCUUGGAGAGAGAGGGGGGGACCCUCCCGUCCAGAAGGCUGGGCAGAAUGCGACCCUCCAAGUUUGGGAGUUGAGGGGCAGGAGAGAAGGCAGGAUCGGGCUCCCCCCCCCCACCUCCGCCUUGUGCCUGUGAAGGAAGAGGAGAAAGUGGGGGGCCUGGAAGCCAGCAAGGGGGCAGCCGGUUGCCUUGGGGAGGGGGCUCGAGGGGGGUCUGCUGAUCUCCAGGCAGGAUCAUGGCUGCGGAGCUGAGCCCAGAGGAGGAGCAGGCUACGAAGCAAUUCCUGGAAGAGAUAAACAAGUGGACGGUCCAAUACAAUGUUUCUCCCCUCUCCUGGAAUGUGGCCGUCAAGUUCCUCAUGGCCAGGAAAUUCGAUGUCCUCCGAGCAAUUGAACUCUUCCAUUCCUACAGGGAAACCAGGCUGAAGGAAGGGAUUGUGAAGCUGAAACCCCACGAGGAUCCUCUCCGUUCAGAGCUGCUCAGUGGCAAAUUCACCAUCCUGAGUGUCCGCGAUCCUUCUGGAGCCUCGAUUGCCCUCUUCACGGCCAAGUUGCACCAUCCCAACAAAAGCGUCCAACAUGUGGUCCUUCAGGCGCUCUUCUACUUGCUGGAUAGGGCUGUGGAGAGCUUCGAAACUCAGAGGAACGGCCUGGUGUUCAUCUACGACAUGGCUGGCUCCCACUACACCAACUUUGAACUGGAUCUCAGCAAGAAGAUCCUCAACCUGCUGAAGGGCGCCUUCCCUGCUCGCCUGAAGAAGGUGUUCAUCGUGGGUGCCCCCAUGUGGUUCCGAGUCCCUUAUUCCAUCAUCAGCUUGCUGCUUAAAGAGAAACUCCGAGAAAGGGUUCAGAUGGUGAAGAUGUCCGAGCUGAAGCAGCACCUGCCCCAGGAGUGUCUCCCGGAAUAUCUGGGCGGAUCCCUCAAACUGGAUCCCCUCAGCUGGAACUGCCGGUUCCUCCCGCAGCAGAACGGCCACCCGGACCCCCUCGACGAGCUGAUCUUGGUGCCGCUGGUGUCGCCACACGAUAACGGUUCCGUGCACGUGCCGGGGCCAAAGGCCAUGACGGUGCAGGAGGUGCUGGAGCACGUGAGCCAGAAGCAGAAGCGGGGAAUCUACGAGGAGUAUGAGGGCAUCCGGCGCAGGAGUCCCUCGGGGACCUUCGUCUGCUCCUUAUCUCCCUUUAACCAGGAGAAGAACAGAUACGGGGAUGUCCCAUGCCUUGACCAAACCAGAGUGAAAUUAUCCAAACAGUUCAGCUACCCAGAGUUGACAGACUACAUCAAUGCCAGUUUCAUGGAUGGGUACAAGCAGAGAAACGCUUACAUUGGCACUCAAGGGCCAUUAGAAAACACCUACGGUGACUUCUGGCGCAUGGUGUGGGAGCAGAAUGUGUUGGUGAUUGUCAUGACGACCAGGCUUGAAGAGGGAGGCCGAAGGAAGUGUGGCCAGUACUGGCCGCUGGAGAAAGAUUUCCAGGCCUGCUACGGAACCCUGACGGUCACCAACCUCGGCAUGGAGAACCUCACGCACUACCGGAAAACCAGUCUGGAGAUUUACAGCUGUGAGAGCCGCGAGAGGCGCCUGGUGACCCAUUUCCAGUACGUCAGCUGGCCCGAUUAUGGCGUCCCGUCCUCAGCGGCCACCCUCAUCGACUUCCUGGGGGCUGUCAAGCAGCAGCAGAGGGUGGCGGUCAGUGCCUUGGGACCGCGGUACAGAGGUCACCCAGGGGGGCCGCCCAUUGUGGUGCACUGCAGCGCCGGCAUCGGCAGGACAGGCACCUUCUGCGCGCUGGAUAUCUGCCUGUUGCAGCUGCAGGACGUGGGCACGCUGAAUGUCUAUCAGACGGUGGUACGGAUGAGAACCCAGCGAGCCUUCAGCAUCCAGACCCCUGAGCAGUACUACUUCUGCUACAUGGCUAUCAUUGAGCAUGCGCAGAGGGAGAAUCUGCUCCCCUCCAAUUUGCCCUGGAUGGGCAAAGAGAAGAGCUAAUAGGGACAACUGACUGAUGGUUGAUGAGCAGGGACCAGUCCUUUUAGCUCUCUCCCUCCCUCCCUCCCUCCCUCCCUCCCUUUCAACCCAUCCAGAUUUGUCAACCUCUUCAGUUUAACCGCUGCAAGCCAACUUUUCGCCCGUGAAAUCGGAAGACCCUUCCUUUGGACCAACCGGCUAGAGGGGUGUCUCAGCUAGUAGCCAUGGGCCAUAACGGCUUGCCUUCUUUAUAACUAGCAUCCAUGACUGAACUGUGCCUUAUUAAACAAACAACAAGCGAACAAAAAACCAAACAAAGGCCCCCAACUUGCCGUUGGAAGCAAGCGGGCAGAAGAUUGGAUGUCGUGCCGUGGGUCAGCCUCGUCCUCCUUUUGGGACCAUUCAAAACAGGAAGGGCUUGCUUUCCCCGUCUGAUGCUGUAGGGGAAACUUUCCAGUUAUACUCAAGGCCAGGGUAGAAGUCAACCCCACACUUCGGUCUUAGCCGCCACUAAGUCUUUGUGUGUGUGUGUGUGUGUUUGAAUAUACGUCUAUAUUAUAUGCUUCUCUUGCCAGGGUAUAACCAGCAAUUAUAGAUAGAUGCAGCUACUUCUUAUUGAGGUUCAGCAGUGAUAUACUGUCUUACUGCUGGGGCCUCUUUGAGUGGCGAGAUCCACUGCUAUUAGUGGCUCGGUUUGUCUUCUCCGACUACCCGCUCCAGCCUCCGAUGCAGCUUGAGAAAUACGCACACUCACGCCUACGCACACCAGGCCGUAUCGCCUGCCGCACAAAUGCUUUGAAAGAGCACGCUGGUCAUCAGUGGAGAGGGGCGCGGGUGUCACCAUGGUGGGCCACGCUCCCUCCUGCGCAGACUCCGAGCUCCCCCAUCCUGUGCGGGGUAUUUUGAAAGGCCGUGGGGUAUUUUGUUGGUCUUUCAUUGGUUUCCCCCUUCUGUAAAAGUAGCCGGAAAUGUUGCAUUGCCCCAGCGGAGAUCUGCGGAGAGCUCCCCGGGGUAUGGAAGACAGUCACUCGCUCGUUUGCCACUAGCCAGGAGCGCAAAGUGGCUGGUACGAAACGUGGGAGCUGAUAUGAGUGAGUUUGGCCCCCAUAGGAUAGGAUACGGGCGGAGGGGAGAAGGCAAUUUUCAGUUGCAGCUUGAGCUGUGCUCUUCUGAUACAGGGGACCAGGUGAGAGAAGCCGGGACGAGGCUAGUUUAGUAGCCAAAAAGAGGCAGGCAGGCACUAUCCCCUUUCUUUGCAUCGCCUUCAAGUGACGAGGUUCGGUGACACGUCCCUGGCUUCCCUAGGUUUUCCUAAGGUUCUCUCCCUACUCUUGGAAGUUGGCGGGGGGGGGGGGGCACAGUGGGCAGCUGUUGAGCCAACCUCAGUAACUUUAUACUGGAAUAAGCUCUUUUGAAUGUGUAUAUUCUUCUUCUUCUCUCUCUCUCCUUUUUUUUUUUUUACAAUCUCUCUUUUUUUGGUUUUGUAUUUAACAUUAACUUGAUUGUGUCAGAAUUGGAGAUAACUGUAAAUGUUCCUAUUCGCUAUUGUAUGGCGAUUACUAUGGUUUCUCUUUUUUUGUAUUUACACAUAAAUAUACCUACAACCUG